GGGGCGGGAUUUCGCCGCAGAUUGGAGGAGGGAGGCAGUCGGCGGAGGGAGAGCGAGCGAGUGAGAGGGAGAGAGAGUCCGAGGAGAGUGAGGGAGACCUCCGAGACGCUGUUCUCCGUGCACGCCCCCCCCCCGGACCUGUAUGGCCAGUGUUCUGAGGAUCUGUGAGGCUCCUGUCAGCAUGAACGAAUAAGCUUAUGCUGCAAGCUGAGGGAAAUGGCUUUUGAAUUGUCCCAGUCCUGCCACCUACAGUUGGUCCUCCUCCUCCUCCUCCUCUGAAGGACGUCAGCUGUUUAUGGGAACUACUGGCUUUGCUCUCCUGAGGAUUUAGCUCUCCUUUUGGGACGCCAUUUUUCCAUCGUCGCUGAAGUGCUGUGCAACUGGGCGACAUGGCUAACAACUCGUACAGUGGGGUGAAGAACUCCGUGGCAGAGCCCAAUCAUGAGGGAGAAUUUGGCUGCUCGCUCAAAGAGCUGCGCUCUCUCAUGGAACUGCGGGGGGCUGAGGGAAUACGCAAAAUCCAGGAAUCUUUCGGGGAUGUUAAUGGACUCUGCGGCAGAUUAAAAUCAUCGCCUAUAGAUGGUUUAAGCGGAAAUCCUGUAGACAUCGACAAAAGGAAAUCAGAGUUUGGACAGAACUUUAUACCUCCGAAAAAGCCAAAAACCUUUCUUCAAUUAGUAUGGGAAGCAUUACAAGAUGUAACGUUAAUUAUUCUAGAAGUAGCAGCCAUAGUUUCGUUAGGACUUUCUUUUUAUAGACCUCCGGAAUCGGGUAGUAAAAACUGCGGGAAGGGAACAGGAGGAGUGGAAGAUGAAGGCGAGGCAGAGGCAGGAUGGAUAGAGGGAGCAGCUAUCCUCCUGUCCGUUAUCUGUGUGGUGCUAGUGACUGCCUUUAACGACUGGAGUAAAGAGAAGCAGUUCCGUGGCUUACAGAGCCGCAUUGAACAAGAGCAGAAGUUUACAGUGGUCCGCGACGGGCAAGUCAUUCAGAUCCCCGUGGCUGAGAUUGUAGUUGGAGAUAUUGCACAAAUCAAAUAUGGUGACCUCUUACCUGCUGAUGGAAUUCUCAUCCAAGGGAACGAUCUCAAAAUUGAUGAGAGCUCUCUCACGGGCGAGUCCGAUCAUGUGAAGAAAACACAGGAGAAGGAUCCUAUGCUGUUGUCAGGUACCCAUGUCAUGGAGGGCUCUGGAAAAAUGCUGGUCACUGCUGUCGGAGUCAACUCCCAAACUGGAAUCAUCUUCACCCUACUAGGGGCGGGAACGGAAGAUGACGAAGACGAGGAGAAGGAGGAGAAGAAGAAAGAAAAAGAACGGAAGAAGGAGAAGAAAAACAAAAAGCAAGAUGGCUCUGCGGAGAACAGAAAGAAAGCUAAAGCCCAGGACGGAGCUGCAAUGGAAAUGCAGCCGCUGAACAGUGAUGAAGGGGCAGAUGCAGAGGAGAAGCGGAAAGCCAACUUGCCAAAGAAGGAGAAAUCCGUUCUUCAGGGGAAGCUGACCAGACUAGCCGUCCAAAUCGGCAAAGCAGGUCUGGUGAUGUCUGCCAUCACCGUCAUAAUCCUGGUGGUGCUGUUUAUAGUGAACACCUUCUGGGUGCAAGGCCUUCCCUGGGAGAAAAGCUGCACGCCCAUCUACAUCCAGUUUUUUGUGAAGUUCUUCAUCAUCGGUGUGACCGUGCUGGUGGUGGCCGUCCCUGAGGGUCUGCCUCUCGCUGUUACCAUCUCGCUGGCUUACUCUGUCAAAAAAAUGAUGAAAGACAACAAUUUGGUGAGGCAUUUAGAUGCCUGUGAGACCAUGGGCAAUGCCACUGCCAUCUGUUCGGAUAAGACAGGCACUCUGACCAUGAACAGGAUGACUGUCGUGCAAGCGUACAUCGCAGACAAGCACUACAGGAGGGUCCCUGAGCCGGAGGUCAUCCCUGCCAGCAUCAUGGAUCUGCUCGUUCUGGGCAUCAGCGUCAACUGUGCUUACACAACCAAGAUCAUGCCCCCUGAGAAGGAGGGCGGGCUGCCUCGUCAGGUGGGCAACAAAACAGAAUGUGCCUUGCUUGGCUUUGUGUUGGACCUGAAAAAGGACUAUCAAGCAAUCCGCAACGAGAUCCCCGAGGAGAAGCUCUACAAGGUUUACACCUUCAACUCUGUCAGGAAAUCCAUGAGCACCGUGCUGAAGAAUGCUGAUGGAAGCUUCCGCAUGUUCAGCAAAGGAGCCUCGGAAAUUCUACUCAAGAAAUGUUACAAGAUCCUAACAGCGACUGGUGAGGCCAAGGUGUUCCGGCCCAGAGACCGGGACGACAUGGUGAAGAAGGUGAUCGAGCCGAUGGCCUCUGAAGGCCUGAGAACAAUAUGCCUGGCCUACAGGGACUUCCCUGCUACCGACGGAGAACCAGACUGGGAAAAUGAGAGCGACAUUCUUACCAGCCUCACCUGUGUGUGUGUGGUGGGCAUCGAGGACCCCGUCAGACCAGAAGUCCCCGAUGCCAUUAGAAAGUGCCAGCGUGCCGGCAUCACAGUACGCAUGGUCACCGGGGAUAACAUCAAUACUGCUCGCGCCAUAGCAACCAAGUGCGGCAUCCUGCAGCCUGGGGAUGAUUUCCUCUGCCUGGAGGGAAAGGAAUUCAAUCGGCGGAUACGCAACGAGAAGGGAGAGAUCGAACAAGAGCGGAUUGAUAAGAUAUGGCCUAAACUACGGGUCUUAGCAAGGUCUUCACCGACAGACAAGCACACGUUAGUUAAAGGUAUCAUCGACAGCACCGUCGAAGAACAGAGACAAGUAGUAGCAGUAACGGGAGACGGAACCAACGAUGGCCCUGCCUUGAAGAAGGCAGAUGUUGGAUUUGCCAUGGGCAUCGCUGGCACAGAUGUGGCGAAAGAGGCCUCUGACAUCAUUCUCACUGAUGACAAUUUCACCAGCAUUGUCAAAGCAGUCAUGUGGGGGCGCAACGUCUAUGAUAGCAUCUCCAAAUUUCUGCAGUUCCAGCUCACGGUCAAUGUAGUGGCUGUGAUUGUGGCCUUCACCGGAGCCUGCAUCACACAGGACUCUCCUCUGAAAGCAGUACAGAUGUUGUGGGUAAAUCUCAUCAUGGACACCUUUGCCUCGCUGGCUCUGGCCACCGAGCCGCCCACGGAGUCUUUGCUGCUGAGAAAACCGUACGGACGCAAUAAGCCCCUCAUCUCCAGAACCAUGAUGAAGAACAUCCUGGGCCACGGUGUCUACCAGCUUACCAUCAUCUUCACUCUGUUGUUUGCAGGUGAGAAGAUAUUUGAUAUAGACAGCGGUCGUAACGCCCCUCUCCAUGCUCCCCCCUCCGAACACUACACCAUUGUCUUCAACACCUUCGUCAUGAUGCAGCUCUUCAAUGAAAUCAACGCCCGUAAGAUCCAUGGGGAGAGGAACGUCUUUGAUGGCAUUUUCAACAAUAUGAUCUUCUGCUCCAUCGUAUUUGGCACUUUUGUCAUCCAGAUUGUGAUCGUCCAGUUUGGAGGAAAGCCUUUCAGCUGUGUAGGCCUUUCCAUUGACCAGUGGCUAUGGUGCAUCUUCUUAGGCUUUGGCUGUCUCCUCUGGGGUCAGGUCAUCUCCUCCAUCCCCACCAGUCGCUUGAAGUUCCUAAAGACAGCAGGUCAUGGAACUCAGAAGGAGGAGAUCCCAGAGGAAGAGCUGGAGGACAUGGAGGACCUUGACGAGAUCGACCACGCUGAGCGUGAGCUGCGCAGGGGGCAGAUCCUCUGGUUCCGAGGUCUCAACCGGAUACAGACUCAGAUGGAUGUAGUGAGUGCGUUCCAGAGCGGCACUUCCUUUCAGGGGGCCCUCAGGCGUCACCCCUCCAGCGCCAGCCAACAGCACGAUAUCCGAGUGGUGAAUGCAUUCCGCAGCUCCCUGAGCCCCUAUGAGGGGCUGGAGAAGCCCGAGUCACGCACCUCCAUCCACAACUUCAUGACCCAUCCGGAGUUCCGGAUAGAGGACUCGGAGCCCCACAUCCCCCUCAUCGACGACACAGACGUGGAGGACGACGCCCCCACGAAGAGAAACGCCACGCCGACGCCUCCCCCUCCCCCCUCGCCCAAUCAGAACAAUAACGCCGUGGACAGCGGCAUCCACCUCUUCGUAGACAGCAGCAAGCCGGCUACUCCCUCGGCCCCCGCGAGCCCCAUGCACAGCCUGGAGACGUCCCUCUGAUCGGCUCCGCCCUUCCACACUCUGCACCACGCCCACCUCUUGUUUCGUGGAGAUUCGUGCUCAGCGGACUCAUGGCUGUGAGGGGGCGGAGCUGAGCGUAAUCUGAGAGCGUAGCUUGCGCUUGACUGAGACAAGAGCAAGCGUUCAUCAGAAUGUAGGGUUGGCUGUAAUAUUAUUAUUAUUAUUAUUAAUAUUAUUAUUAUUUUAUUUUUUUCCACCUUUAUUUGAUUCUGGAUGUCCCCUUGGAGGAGGGGGGAGGGCUCUAUUUCCACCUCUCCUUAAACAAAUCUUUCUCUCUCCCCUUGUGAAAGCGGAGGGGUUACAAAUUCAUAUUGAAAGUGACCUGUAUUUUUUAUCAUGACGUUGAUGUUAUUAUUUAAUUAUUAAUUAUUAAUAUUCUAAUGCCGAGGAGGCUUGCAGAUCAGCUGUAAGAAAUCGACGAAACGCUUUUGCUUCUAUUUUUUUUUUUCCUGAAUGGUGGUGUACAUUUUCUUUCUUCGGCCCUCGCUCAGUCAAAUAACUUUAAUUUCUGCUCCAUUUGGCUGUUAAUAUUUUGAAUUAUUAUUUAUGUUUUUUUUGGAAGAAGCAGGUCUGUUUACAAA